GUGGGUGGAGCUGCCCUUGGAGGCGGCACCGGCUUGGCCCCGAGGCCCGCCGCGCCCUAUCGCGCCAGAGCCGAGUGGCCCCGUGGAGCCCGCGCGCUCCCGCCUGCUGGGGGAGGGCGGACAGGGCGCGGGGAGCAGACAGGCCGCGGCAGGCGCUGUUUCUCUUUCGCUUUCCCGGGCUCGGAGGCGGGCGCGCCGGCGGACUGAGGAGCGGCGGCGGCCGCUGGAUAUGAAAAAGCAGGACUGUGAAAGGGAGUGAUGACCAGUGGUCUGUGCUCAGGCUGGAUGUUCAUGCUCAUGCCUCAGGACAUCUACCAAGAACGUUGUGCCAGCUACUGGGACCAGCUUUGCAUCCACUUAGUGCCCCUCUUUGCCUGAACUGCUGAAGCCAGGUAACCACGAAUGGCUACCCAAAGGAAACACUUGGUGAAAGACUUCAACCCUUACAUCACCUGCUACAUCUGUAAAGGGUACCUGAUCAAGCCGACGACGGUGACAGAAUGCCUCCAUACAUUCUGUAAGACCUGUAUUGUCCAGCACUUUGAAGACAGCAAUGAUUGUCCGAGGUGUGGCAACCAAGUUCAUGAAACAAAUCCAUUAGAAAUGUUGAGGUUGGAUAAUACACUGGAGGAGAUUAUAUUUAAGCUGGUACCUGGACUACGAGAACAGGAACUUCAGCGUGAAUUGGAAUUUUGGAAAAAAAACAAACCUCAAGAAAAUGGACAAGAUGACAUUUCAAAGGCUGACAAAUCUAAAGCAGAUGAAGAAGGUGAUGAAAACCAAGAUGAUAAGGACUACCAUAGAAGUGACCCACAAAUUGCUAUCUGUCUAGAUUGUUUACGAAAUAAUGGGCAGUCAGGGGACAAUGUAGUAAAGGGUCUCAUGAAGAAAUUCAUUCGAUGUUCUACACGAGUUACUGUAGGAACUAUUAAAAAGUUUCUAAGUUUAAAACUAAAACUUCCAAGUUCUUAUGAGUUGGAUGUGCUGUGCAAUGGUGAAAUUAUGGGGAAGGAUCAUACUAUGGAAUUCAUCUAUAUGACAAGAUGGCGACUAAGAGGAGAAAAUUUUCGCUGUCUGAACUGCUCAGCCUCGCAAGUCUGCUCUCAGGAUGGCACUUUGUAUCAGUCAUACCCCAUGGUAUUGCAGUAUCGACCAAGAAUUGAUUUUGGGUAGGCCAAGGGCCCAGACUGCACUGAAUGAAUCAACUCUGCACUAUUUGUUUACUCGUCAGCAGAUUGCACAGUGAGCCGUGUGUGGACUUGAGAGACACAAUCUGAUCUUCAGCAUGCACAUAAGGCCGUCGCCUGUCUAAAGUGUCAGUUCCCUUCAUGUUGUUUCCAUUAGGAGCAAUCCAAGUGCCCUUCUGCUACUGACCAUCUACAUAGGAUACUCGUUUUGUCUCUCAGUGUGCAAAGCACGGCUGAAGCCACUUAGGUGUGCAGCCGUGACUCUGCUUUCUCAAUAUUUUGCUUGCCUGUUGCAAGAUUGUUCUAAUGUUAAUUACACUAGUAAAAUGGCUCAAUCCUUGUGGUGUUGCAGUUUUCACGUACUUAAUACUUUUAUUCUUGUUAAAAUAGAGUACUGUACAAGAACCUAGUAUAAUUAUAUCUUGAAAUUAUUUUGUAUAAGAGUAUAUUUAGAAAAGUGGUUUCUGAGCCACUGUCCUAUUCUUGGUAAACUUUUAUGUAAAAAAGAAUAAACAGCCAAAAAAAAAAAAAAAACCCCAAUAUGCCAGCUCAUUCUUGAGUGUGCAAGUCCUUUGUUAUCUUUUGACCAGAGCACAUUGCAAUUGGAGAUACCCUGAAUGUCUGGGUAGUCUCUAUCAUUGCACAGGAAGGUAUAUUAGCCCUUCACAUUGAAAACAUGUGACUUGAACAACUGAAGUUCAUAAUGUUGGCAGCUGAUCAUACUGACUUCUAAUAAAAUUAAUGUGUAAGUA